GAAGAGCUAGUGACACAAAUUUGGCAUCGUUUCGGGACGGGGGGAAUACCUGAGAUGCAGCCUCUCCACCGUUAAAAGUAGAGUGUGGCUUCACGCCACUUCAUACGAAGCCGGACGUUGUGUAUUGAGGACCGUGUUUAAGAAAGGGGGCAGGGGUGGUUUCUGGUCCUGUCAGACGGCCAAAGAGCUCAGAAGGGAAGCGUGGGACCACAGGUCGUCUGUGAAGAACCAGCCAAGAACAAAGUGGCACAUCUGUGAUAAAUCCCCCAGCCGCAGAUUUGGCUGCAUCACAGACCCCGGCACCGAUCUACUGUUUUCCCCAUCACCAUGGAGGUUUCUCUUGCUGCUUGCAUCCUUGCUUUUCUCCUGACUACAGGGGCCUGUCUGCAGUGUGAGGUUUGCAACGGACCAGGAAUCAGAUGCAGGGGCGACCUAGAGACCUGCGCUGCUGGGCAGGACUUUUGUGGCAUCGCCUGGACAGAUUCCACAUUGGUGGGAAGCAAGACUGAGACAAUUAUCAAAAACUGUGUGUCCUCCGACGUGUGUAAAGCCAGCCCCUUCUCUGCACACUUUGGCAACGCAAUGACAAGGAUGAGCUUCAAAUGCUGCGUGGGAGACGCCUGCAGGACCACCAAUAUUACAGUGCCCCCGGCUGACCCCAAACCCAACGGCCGGCGCUGCUGCGGCUGCUAUGCACUGAAUGCUGAUCAUUGCAAUGAGCAAACCAUAAAUUGUACUGGAUCCGAGACCCAGUGUAUUGAUGCCACCGGGACCAUAACAAUUGAUGGGCGUGAAAUGCAGACUGUCAUGAAGGGCUGCGCUUCCGAGUCCAUCUGCAUCAUGGCACAAGUGGCCUCGAGGAUGUUCACAGAUACCAGUGUACAUCUAACCACGGCCAAAUGCACAGAGGCCUCUGGCGUGGCGGGCGUGGCUCUGGGACCAGCCGGGCUCCCCCUCCCGGCCCUCGCUGGGCUUCUGCUGAAGCUUCUCUCCUGAUUCCCCACUGGGUGCAAUGGACACGCCACAUUGAAAUGCACCCUGCAGCCUGCGUUAGCCGCUCUCAGAUGGACUCACAUCCUCUUGAUGUUGUUGCACUGAAUAAAACAAACUGGCGAGCAAA